AUGCCUCAUUCCCAAGAAAACAAGCUAGCAUCAGCAACUCAAGUGGUUGAGACACGAGAAUUUGAAGAAUCCGAUUUAGUAUCGGAUGGAAUCAACAUGACUCUCAAGAUAUCGUGUGGUAUCGCAGCAAGUCUAAUAAUUAUCAUAUUCAUUAUAAACAUAUUCCUCAUAGGUAUAGCAUGUGUACGGUAUGGUAUGAGAAGGAAAAUGGAAAGGAAGUAUCGGAAACGCAAUUGCGAGCAGACGGUAAUUGAUAUGCAUUGCAAAGUGGAACAAGCAUUGAUGGAAGCACAGAGCAAAGAAAUAGCCAACUUGAAAAAGGAAAUGGCUGCUCUUGCGAAUGUGAUAAAGUCCAAGGAAGAAAAAACAAAACUGAUGCAAAAUCAGGUGAGCAGCCCGCGGAAAGCGUAUAACAAUGAACGAUUGAAGAAUAAGAAGUGUCUGUACAAGACAACAAAUGAUAUUAUGGGCAUUAAAGUGCGCGAUCAAGGAUAUGUUGAUACGAAGGCGAUUUGUUUACCGGUAACUGCUAUCGAUAAUACCAGAAUGGUCCGGUUGGACAGUGCAGAAAGGCUGCGUUUAGAGACAGUGUUGUUGAUAAGAGAAAGAAAACGGCACAAAAAAGAACAACGUGCAAGAACAAGGAGACAAAAAUUGCGGUAUAAAUAA